UACAAACCAGAUUUUGGACAAUGCUGUCCCUGUCUUGCUUGUUGAUGGGUAUAAUGUAUGUGGCUAUUGGGCGAAGCUGAAGAAGCAUUUUAUGAAUGGCAGACUUGAUAUUGCACGACAAAAAUUAAUUGAUGAGCUUGUAACAUUUAGUAUGCUCAGAGAUGUCAAAGUGGUAGUUGUCUUUGAUGCCAUGAUGUCAGGGCUUCCCACUCACAAGGAAACUUUUGCUGGUGUUGAUGUGGUUUUCUCUGGUGAAUCAUGUGCUGAUGCAUGGAUUGAAAAAGAGAAUGCCCUCUAUUUCUGUCAUCUUGGCGGUCAUUUUCUUCUCUGCCGUUAUCCUAAGUGGGAUGCAAUUUUGGUGGUUGCCUUGAGGGAGGAUGGAUGCCCGAAAGUAUGGGUUGUGACUUCUGAUCAUAUGCAACAACAUGCUGCACAUGUAGCAGGAGCCUUUGUUUGGAGUUGCAAGGCUUUGGUUUCUGAAAUUAAGGCAUCACAUAAGGAAAUGGAGAGGAUGCUACAAGAACAAAGGACUUCUUUUCAAGGUAGAUUGUUAAAGCACAAUCUUGAUUCUGAAGUUGUAGAUGCUCUCAAGGAUUUGAGGAAUAAGCUAGCUGAGAACGAGUCAAAAAGCAGAAUGUAAGAAGAAAUAGAAUAGGAAUUCCAAUUUCUAUAUUUGAUACGUUGGAAAGCCCUGGAAGAGACAUUCAAAAGCUUUUUCUAACCAAAUAAAUGCCCGGAAAAUAAGGCUGUCAUGGAAUUCCAUCCAAAAGGGAAGUACUCGUUUUUCCACAAAGAGACGACUACAGGGGAAGCGGCUGACUGCAGUCCUUGAAAUAGGAACUUGGUUAUAGAAAUGGCGGAUGGAUGGAAUGUGAAAUUCUUGGUGCUGUAGAAAAGCUAGAAAUCCUUCAAAUUCACAUUCUCGACAGACCUGGUUUAGCAUGGACCAUAUGGAUACUCAUUAGGCUCUGAUUAUAAUAUCUCAAGCGAGCAAGGUGUUGUCUGCUUUUAAGUCUAGUUUGGACAGUUUUGUUUUUGGGAUAGAGCAUCACCUUUAAGCCCAAAACGUGCCUUGCUAAUCUAAGGCUUUCACGGAUGUUACACUUCAUCCAUCCUUCCUGCAUACGAGAUAAGGACAAGGCUUUACUCUGAUAUCAAGCUUGUAAUAUCUCAGGCCUAGCAAAGUAUUGUGCACUUUGGGCCAGCCUAUAUGGUUUAUUCUUGGGUUAAGGCCUCAUUUCUAAGCUAAUGUAUCUUGCUGGUCUAAGACUUAUAUAUCUUUAUGUAUAUUAUUUCUAUUUUGUGCUUA